AUGGAGAGGUACCAGGUAGAUGAUGAUUGGCUUGAAGGUACAUUCUCCCUCUUUGUUGUCUAUAUUUUUUUUGGAGAUGAAAUGGGGUUGUAUGCGGAAAGGAAUACGUGGGUUCCUACCUAUGUGAAGCAUUUAUUUUGGGCUGGCAUGAAGACGACCCAACGAGUUGAAAGUAUAAACAAGUUUUUUGACUGCUAUGUACACAAGCAUACUCAUUUGUAUGAGUUUGUUGAGGCUUACUAUGAAGCAAUGGGGUCAAGGGAAAAUGAAGAAAGUAUGGCAGAUACCAGUACUGCGAGAAAUUUGAGGAAAAUUAUCACCUGUUUCCCAGUAGAGGAACUUUUCCAGAAAAUAUACACGGACACCAAAUUUCAUGAGGUCCAAAGAGAGUGUAGUAGGGUACUGUAUGUGCGGUGUUUGAAUAAGAAAAUAAUGGAUGAGUGUGCUGAAGAGUACGAGCUUAAGGAUAGGGUUUGGAUAAAACCUAAACACUCAAGGAAGGAGAUUGUUACGAAGCAUAAGACGAAGUUUGUUGCAACGUAUAAUUAUGUUGCCAAGGAAACUUCUUGUGACUGUAAGCACUUUGAAUGUCAUGGUAUAAUGUGUAGGCAUAUGAUAUUGGUUUAUGACUUGAAUAACCAGACUGGAGUUCCUGGCAAGUACAUACUUCAUCGUUGGUGGAAAGAUGUUGAAAGGAAGCAUACGAAGGUCAAGGUAAUGUACACCACGACCCAUUGA